CAUGAACAGAAGAGCGAAAAACCAAACCCCGAACAAGAUUUGAGAAAGAUUCCGAACCAAGAAGUUAAAGUGGAGUAGCCUAGCUUGGCCGUGUCGUGGUCGUCCGUCGCUCUUUUUUUGGAUUUUAUCUGUGAUGUGUGUCUCGUUGAGGUCCCCUUUACGCGGAUAAAUAAAAACCUCUGAAAAUCCUUGAAAAUCACAAAAGUAAACUUUAAAAGAAAACCAAAUAGAAAAAGUGCAAGCUGCAACGAUUCUCGACGUAGUUCUCGACAUCAUCGACAAAUAAGUGAAGUGUAUUGUUGAUUUUUUGCUGAAAGCACAAAAGUCUGAAACUAGGAGCUAUCCUGGUGCAGAGUGUCAAAAGAGAAAUCUUUCAAAAAAAAAAAAUAAUUUUGUUAACAUAAAAAUAAAGUAAUAAAAUAUUGUGUUAAAGUGUUUUUCCGCUUUGCGAUUGGAUUAUUAUUAUUAGUCAGGCUAUAAACGAAGCCAACGAAAAUCACCACAACAAUUUUUGUUAUUGGAUUUAUCAUCAUCACUUUUGGGAUCACUAAAGAGCGGACCAUUCAAGAAAUUCCAGCUGAGAAAUUUCACAACAAAACAAUCAGAUAUUUCGGGGACUAAACGAUUCAUACUAAAAUCGAUUAUCAUCGUUUCUUUGAUUAAUAGCUUAGUAGGCCUUCCAUUGGCAACAUGGGAGUGCCAAUAAAUACCACCACAAAAAAGUCCACGACGGCGACAAUGACUGAUGCUGCAUUUCUAACAAGAACCACCAAUGCCGCCAGGUUACAACAAAAUCCAAUGCUGCCAACAAGACAACAACAACAAAUAAAUAAUAACACAACAAGAAGCACACCACCCACAAAUAAUGAGACUUCAACUACACAUCAACAUCAUCAAAGCACAUCAUCGUCAUCUAGAUUUUCAUCAUUAUCAUCACAUUCCAAUGAGCCACUAAAUGUUGCAACUGCCGAAGAUGUCAAAUCCCACCGGCGAUGGCGUCGUUCAACAUCGCCAACAUCAUCGUCAUCGUCAUUAUCAGCAGCUGCAGCAUCACAUUUUAUGACGACCCUUAUGACAAUGUGUGUGCUUUUAGCUGUAAUGUGCUCACUGCCAGGUCUGACAACGGCGACUGAUGAUAUUGAAAUGAAAUUAGAUUUAACAAAAACCGAAUAUUCGGUGUGGAAUAAGAAUACCACUUAUUUGAGUUCGACCAAAUUCAAUGCACGUGGCAUGAGUCCAUUUUACAAUAUAACACAUGAGGUAAUGAAGCUGUUCAUUGGACAGGAUGCUAUUCCAAAUGGAUAUAUUGUUGUUACUGAAAAGGGUGUGCGUUUUGGGCCAAAGGUUGAACAUAACGAAUGGGGUGAUUUAAUAAAGCAUUACUGGCCAAUACUCCUGGUUGUUAUUCUAACUGCAUUGCUAGUCAUUUUGAUGCCAAUAAUUGGAUUAUGCUUCUGCUGCUGCCGUUGUGCGGGUGCUUGCGGUGGACGCUCACAGCCGUUCGAUAAGAAACACGAUACCUGUCGCCGGGUAUUCCUAGGAUUUUUAUUGAUUUGUGCCGCCACUGGAAUUCUGUUUGGUGUUAUAAUCGCCUUCACAACAAACGCUUAUAUGCAAGAGGGUGUUGAUGAUGCUACUACUGCUGUGCGUCACGGUAGCAAAGAUACUGGAGCAUUCCUAAAAGCUACAUCACAACAAAUGAACCAUUUACUUGUUGAAAAUUAUCAUGAGCUAUCGCAACAACUUGAAUAUAUUUUAAAGAAUACAUCAAGUAGUCUUAUAAGAAAACUCGAAGAAACAUCGAAAGCAGUUUCAUUAAAUCAUCUUGUGAAUUUCUUAGCAGACUUGCCUAAAAUAAAUGUUAAAUUACACCGAAUGAAAAAUAUCACCAAUGAACUUCGAGUUUAUGCUUCUCAAUUAAGUGAUGGUUUGCGAGGUGUUAAACGUGAUCUUUUAGUUAUGUUAACAAAAUGUCAAACACAGGAAUGUAAAAAUGUUUUGGAAAAUUACGAAAUCGGUAAAUUGGAUACCAAUGGAUUUGAUUAUAAUCAGAUGCUAGACCGAUACUUCCCAAGGCUUCCCGAUGUUACAAGUAUCAUUGAAAGUGUUGAUACCUUAAUUAAAAAUGGUGAUGCAUCAGCUGGAAAAGAUGGUCGUCAAGCUUGGCAGAAUUUACAAAACGACAUAAAUAGAACAAUUACAGAACAUAUUCCAAAAAUUAUUGAUUCAAUGGAAAAAGUUGGUCAAGCACUUAAAAAGACAUCUGAGGAUAUUAGUGGAAGAUUUACACAAAUUAGUAAAGAAAUCGAUGAAAAAACUAAUUCAGCAACAACCACAGCGGAUAAAUAUAUCCACGAAUAUAGUAUUUACAGAUUCUAUGCUGGAAUAGCUAUCAGUUCCGUUUUGUUGGUGAUCCUGACUGCUUUAACAUGUGCUCUGUUUUGCGGAAUUUGUGGUAAACGUCCAGAUGGCUAUGGUGAUGAUUGCUGCAACAAAGGAUCUGGUUCUAGAUUCUUAAUGCUAGCCGUUGCUGUUAUUUUCCUAACGAUUUCGAUAUUAGCCGUUGCUGCACUUGUCCAUUUCCUUGUUGGAUUAGUUCUGCAACGUGGUGUUUGCACUCCUCUUAGAAAUCCAAAAACUGAUGACGUCUUCCAAUAUAUUGAUAAUUUCGUUGAUCUCAAUAACGUAUUCUACAAUAACAAUAAUCCAAAACAAAAGAUCGGAUCACUUAGUACCGGUAAUUUGCCACCAUUCCGAAUUUCUCAUGUCAUCGCUGCCUGUCAGGCUAACGAAACAAUUUACGAAGUCCUACAUCUCUACAAUCACUUUGAUAUUGAAUCAAUCAAGGAAUAUCCUGCUCAGUUAAAUGUUACAAAAACUCUAAGAGAAUUCGUCGAUGGCAUUAAUUUCGAAUCGAAAAUUGUCAUUCUUAGUGAAGAGAACGAACAGAGAAUCCGAGCUAUAGCUACAUCGGGUUUGAAUAAUUUCGACCGUGACAAGUUCACCGAUAAUCUCAAUGAAAACAUAACCAUCUAUUCGCUCAAAGCAUUGGCAUCUCAGUUGAGAAAAACCGCUGAUAAAAUCAAAGGUACCUCAAUGAAUGACGUACAAGUUGGUCUACGCAAUCAGGCACUGCAUUUGGAAACCUAUGAAGAUAAUCUUGUGCUGCCAAUGCGUGAACAAACUCGAGAAUUGAUUGCUCUAGCCGAAGAAUUACAAUCGAAACUCAGCUAUAACCAUAAAUCAUUCGAAAGAUCCAUCGAAUCGUUGGUGGAGGAAAUAAAACAAGCUCAGAAUUUCAUCAACGAAGACGGACGUACUUUCAUUAAGAAAACUGCUGAAACAUUGACGACUUUCUUCACCGAAGAGAUUCAACGUUAUUUGGAUUUGGUCAUUAAAUCCAUUCAAACGAUUGUGGGUAAGUGUGCUCCGCUGGCACAUGUCUAUGAUUCGGCUAUUGUAGCAACUUGCAAUAAAUUUGUCGAUCCAUUGAAUGGCUUCUGGGCUGGUGUUGCCUGGUGUGUCAUCCUCUUCCUGCCAACGUUAGUGAUAAGUGUUAAGCUAUCUAGUUUGUAUCAGAAAUCAGAUCCCUAUCCGGGACCACUAGUCGAAUCGGAGUAUUUGUAUGAUGCGUACAGUGAACGUGAUCACAUUCCAUUGGCAAAUGGACCCAAAAAUAAACGAAGAAAGAGCAAAGAACGUAGACGAACCUCUCGAGAUCGUCGAGCCGAUUACUUUGAAGACUCAGGCUCAUCCCAUGGACCUGGACCAGCGGGUGGACGUGACACUCGUUACAAUGACAUGGCUCCAAAAGCAUUUGGGGCUAUUGAUACAAGGCCAAAAGCACUGUCAGCCGACGGUUUCUUUUAGGCACUGGGAUGGUGGACCACCAAGGUACCAAAACCCUCCAAUGGCACCACCAGCAUCCGAAUACGAGCGCCCACCGCCAUAUUACUAUCCCGGAGCGUCCGAUCAGGAUUAAAUAAACAAAAACUUGAUUUGCAAUUAAAAGUCCUUAAAAAGCAAAAUGGUAUUAAGCAACCAAUUUAAUAAUUAUAAUAAUAUUAAUAUUGAACGAAUAAUAAGAAUAAUUAUUAAUUUUUUUUUUAAAUAAUAAUAUAUGUAAUUCUAUAAAUAAUAAUAAUCAUUUCUUUUUUAAAAUUGUCCUGCAAGAAGAAACAAAAAAAGAAAUAAUUGAGAGACUGUAUUUUAUUUCUUUUCAUUUGAAUUAAUUUUUAUGUUUUAUUUUCUUUUUAAUAUUACAUUUAUAUUGUUAAUUUAAAAAUAAUAAAAUUAAAUUAAUAUAAAACAUUUUUUUUGUUCUGAUCUCUGCUUCUCUCAAGAUCAAAAUUAAAAAUGUUAAAAUGAAUCACAACCAAAAGUUGAGGGAAAUAUAUGAUAUAUUUAAUUUAGUUAAAAAGAAAUAAAUUUAAUUACUUUAUAUGAAAUAUUUGCGUUUUAAAAACAACAAAAAAAAAAUAAGAUUUUGAAGAAUUUUUUAUUUUAACUAUAACAAAAAUUUAAAAAUAUAAUAAAUGGUCCUAGUGGCAUCCGAAUCAAAGUUGCAUUUAUUAGAUAAAAAAAAGUGUGCACAGAAUCUUUAUUCAAUGCUGAAGUUAGAUAACAAAUAUAAGUUCACUUUUUGUUUUUCAAAUAUGAAUAAGAGUUUUUGAAUAAAGAAUAAGGAUAUAAAAGAACAAUAAAUACAAAACAAAACUUAAAACAAUAUGUCCAAGAUUAUUAAUCAUAAGUAAGAAAAGAACGUGAAUAAAAUGUUAAAUUAAAAGAAAAUAACUGUUUAUAUUAUUUGUUUAAAGUAAAAUACAUUUUAAAAUGAAAGAAAAAUAAACACUAAACUUAUAUAAACGAAAUACAAAAAAAAAACAUAAACAUUUCCCCGAUUAAUGAAAUAAAUAAACAAUUACUAUACAUACUUUUAAAACAAAAAAAUAAAACUAAUACGAGUUUCAAUUAUAUUACACAUUUAUAUUGUACGAUUUAUCUGUAUUUAUGUAUUUAGAUCAAAUUUUUUGAAACAUUCAACAAACAUCUUGAAGUAAAAACAAAAUAAUUUUACUGCUGAUUCAAAAAACAAAAAUAUUUAAAUAACAUAAAUAAAUUAUGUGAAACAAAGCACAUAUUAUAUUCCGAAUUUCAAUUGUAAUCAAAAACAUAAAACAAAAAAGGGAGAAAAAGUAAAUAAACUGCCAUUUAAAUAAAAUAAAAAUUACAAAAAAAAUAAAAACACUUUUAAUGAAUCUACAAGAAAAUACAAAAAAAAUGUAUUAUUUUAUUAAUAGUUGAAAAAAAUGAUAACAGAAAUAUUUAUAUAUAGAGACACACCAGUUUUUAUGUGUACCCGUUGAUAUUUUGAGUUUAUAUAUAGACUUAGUUAUUUUUACACAUUUUUACUGGAAAUAUUAUUCUAUAUAAGUUACCUAUAUUAAAAUUCUUGAGGUUAUAUGUAUAGUUUCCAUUUCCGCUUAUAUCAGUUCAAAGGGCCAGAUGAACCCAACAAUAGAAACUAGAAACCUUAGAGAUCAAAAUCAUGAGUUUAAAAUAAUUAAAUCAAAAGCGAAAUUCAUCGCAUUUUUUUCUAGUAUAAAAAGCGUAUAAAAAGACAAGCUUUCAUCAAAACAACCACGCGUGCAUUUAAUCUUUUCAAUAAGCAUCCCUCGAGAAAAAAAGAAGACAGUUUUCAUAGCCUCGAUCAUUUUUAUCAAUCUCACAAAAAUUGUAGUGCAGGUGCGCGUAACAAAGAGAAGUUUUUUUUUAAAUUUUACACUCCACAAGUUAAUAAAUGGAUACAAAGUUUUAAAAAAAUCCAAAUUAAGAAUCUUUUUCUUUCUCUGACAGGAAUCGUAAGUACCAACAAGAAUACAAAUUUGUAUCAUACACUGGGACGUAUGCGUGCUUUUUCCUCAUUUUCUAAUCAAUGUUUCCGAAGUGAUUUUUUUUUAAUAAUAAAUUGUUGCCAAUGUUUAUUUUCCGAAGUUAUGGUAAUUUUUUAGUUUGGUUAAUAUUUGUUUAUUGCUUAAAAGGUAGAAGAUAUAAAUCCUUCAUUUCAGUAAAUAAUGAGAUUUCAACUGCCUAAAGAAAGAAAUUAGAAAUUGCUCAUGUUAAAAUGGUAAGUUUGUCAUCACAUCGAGUUUAAUUAAAAUCAAUAUCUAAAAAACUUGAAAUGAAAACUGUUUGAACAAUGUAUCAAAAGUAUUUCUUUUUCCUAAGGACCUAAAAUUUAAAAUUGCAUUAAUCCUACUACUCGUACUUCAUAACUGGCCAAAAAUAAUAAGCAAAACAUUCUUAAUCACAAACAUCAAGAUAGGUAUUCAAAUUAAAUGAGAAAAGCUUAACAAUAAUAAAAGAUUUCUAUAACAAAAACAAAACUAUGAACAGGUUAUAUCUUCAAAAUCAACACAAAAACAACAUAGCAUACAUAUAAUCUACCUUAAUAAAAUUUUAAAUACAAAUUUCUCAGAUUUGACAUUAAUAAAUAAAUUCUAGUGAAAAGAUAGAAGACGAAAUAAAAAAACAUUAAAAUUUUAACUAAAUUUUACAAUUUAAUUUAAAAAAAACUAUCAAUAAGUGUAAAAACAAAAAAUAAGUAAUUAUACAUCGUUUUAUCAAUGUAAACUAUAGAUGUUGAAUACAAAAAUAAUAUUAUCAAAUAAAUAAAUUAAAUUGCAAGUAUUACACUAAUAAAUUGAUACCGAAUAAUUUUCAUGAAUAAAUACUUAGUAUUUUAGUGAUAAUAAAAAAAAUAAAUGACAUGCUAGCAAAAAAUAUAAAGCUGACAGUCAAAGUAUGUAGAUGAAAAAAUUAAAAUGGUGAUCGUUUAUGAAAGGAAACAAAAAUUA